UUCCCUCAAUAGAAGCUGUUUGAAGCAGUUUGAAACUUGAUGCACUUUAGUGAGAUAUUCAAUAUUUUUUUUUCUUUUCUUUUGUUAAAUUUAAAAUACUUUAGUGUGUUAAAGUUGUUGUGCAUUUGAUUCAAAUUUAAUUAAGUGAACUAUAAGGACUCAUGGAUCAACAGCAGCAGAAGCACUGAGUUGUGAUAAGAAGAAAAUGCCUGGAAUCUUCUUUUUUUUCUAUCUGGGUCUCCUAAUUGGAGUUUCUGCUGAUCCAGACCCAACAGAUGAACAAUUUCAUAAGAUACCGAAAAACAGAGAGGAAGAUAAAUGUUACGAUAACUCAGGAAGAGCUCAGAGGUGUAUACCGCCGUUUGAAAAUGCUGCUUUCAGUGUUGUAAUGGAAGCUACAAACACUUGCGGAGAAGAAGGACCUACUGAGUACUGUAUGCAAACGCACAACGAUAACCAAAAUAAUGAAAAAUCUUGUGAAAUUUGUAAACAAGAAGAUCAUUCUGCAAUAUUUCUCACUGAUCAUGACAAUAAUGAUAAUGCUACUUGGUGGCAAUCUACAACCAUGUUGGAUGGAAUCCAAUUUCCAAAUCAAGUCAAUCUUACACUUCGCCUUGGGAAAACAUUUGACAUUACAUAUGUGAGAGUGUUAUUUGAGUCUCCACGGCCAGAAAGUUGGGGAAUUUACAAAAGGAGAAAUGACAAAUCUUUCUGGGAACCAUAUCAAUUUUACUCAGCCACGUGUCGAGAUACUUACGGACUGCCAGAGUCUAAAGACACUACACGUGGGGAUGACACUCGAGUACUUUGCACAUCUGAAUAUUCCGACAUUUCUCCUUUAUCUAAAGGAACUGUGGCAUUUUCUACUCUAGAAGGACGACCAUCUGCUUACUACUUUGAGACCAACACCGAAUUGCAGGAAUGGGUCCAAGCUACAGAUUUGAGAAUUACUUUAGACAGAUUAAAUACAUUCGGAGAUGAAGUGUUUGGAGAUGAUCAAGUAUUAAAAUCUUAUUACUAUGCAAUUGCUGAUGUAGCUGUGGGAGCUCGUUGCGCUUGUAAUGGACAUGCCGGUGAAUGUGUCAACAGCACCAGCGUUGACGGAAGGACGAGGAGAGUUUGUCGCUGCGAACAUUUUACAACUGGUCCAGACUGUAAUGAGUGCCUACCAUUUUAUAAUGAUGCUCCCUGGGGUCGUGCUACGACCAUAGAUGCGCAUGAAUGCAAACCUUGUAACUGCAAUGGCUAUUCGGAUCGCUGUUACUUUGAUAAAGAAUUAUACAAAUUAACUGGACAUGGAGGUCACUGCUUGGACUGUCAAUCCAAUCGGGCUGGAGCAAAUUGCGAAAGAUGUCGAGAAAAUUUUUACCAACGAACUGAAGAUAAUUACUGUGUUGCUUGUAAUUGUGAUGAAACAGGUUCAAGAAGUUUACAAUGCAAUAGUGAAGGCAAAUGUCAAUGCAAGCCUGGUGUCACAGGCGAUAAAUGUGAUAGAUGUUUGGCAAAUUUCUAUAAUUUUGGUUCUUAUGGAUGCGCUUCUUGUGAAUGCUUUGAAGCAGGAUCUUUUAAAAAUAAACCCAAUUGUGAUCCUGUGAGUGGUACAUGCCGAUGCAAAGAUAAUGUUGAAGGGAAAAGAUGUCGAACCUGUCGGCCUGGAUUUUUCAAUCUUGCAUUAGAAAAUGAAUUUGGUUGUACUCCCUGUUUUUGUUAUGGCCAUUCAGUGCUUUGCAAUGCAGCAACAGGUUAUUCAAAGACAGCAAUUGAAAGUAAUUUUGUUAGAGGAAACGAACGCUGGACAGCUGGAGUUGCCACUGGAACUCCAAUUCCCCUAAAUUACGAUGCGCUUACACAAACAAUAGCUGUCACUGCUCCUGAUAGAGAUAAUGUUUACUUCCUUGCACCAGAAAGAUUUCUUGGCGAUCAAAGGGCAUCAUAUAAUCAAGAUUUUAGCUUCACCUUAAGAAUCGGUGAAACCGGACCAGCUCCAACAGCUCGAGAUAUUGUUAUUGAAAGUGGAAAUGGUGAACAGAUCACGCAACCUAUUUUCGGACAAGAUAAUCGCCUACCAACUAUAACUGCACAAGAAUACAAAUUCAAAUUGCAUGAACAUCCUGACUAUGGAUGGCAGCCAAGACUUAGUUCCAGAAAUUUCAUUUCCAUUCUUUCAAAUUUAACAAUUAUUAAAAUUCGUGGCACAUACACUCAUCAAGGUAGAGGAUUUUUGGACGACGUCAAGAUAGAAACAGCACACCGUGGAGCAGCUGGAGAGCCUGCAGAUUGGAUUGAACAUUGUCAAUGUCCAACAGGAUAUGUUGGCCAAUUUUGUGAAUCCUGUGCUCCAGGUUAUCAUCAUGAUCCACCAAAUGGAGGACCAUUCGCUCUUUGUGUUCCUUGUAAUUGUAACGGGCAUGCUGACAUUUGUGAAACGGAAACAGGUCAAUGUAUUUGCCAAGAUAAUACAGCUGGAAGUAAUUGUGAAUUAUGUGCUCGUGGAUAUUAUGGACAUCCUUUGAAAGGAACAUCUAAUGACUGCAAACCAUGUCCAUGUCCUGAUAAUGGACCUUGUAUUCUUCUAGGAACUAAUCCGGAACCAAUUUGCUCUGAAUGUCCACUGGGAAGAACAGGUCCACGUUGCGAAACUUGUUCAGAUGGAUACUUUGGAAAUCCGGAAAAGGGACAAGCAUGUCGUCCAUGUGAAUGCAAUAAUAAUAUUGAUUUAAAUGCUGUCCGUAAUUGUAAUCAUGAAAGUGGCGAGUGUCUUAAAUGUGUAAAUAACACUGCCGGUUUUCACUGUGACGAAUGCCUUCGAGGAUAUUAUGGAGAUGCUUUGUCUAAUAAGAAAGAGGAUAGUUGUAAAUUAUGUCAAUGUUUUGCUCCCGGAUCAUUGGAACUUGAUGAUGGAAGUGUAGCUCCUUGUGAUCAACUUAGUGGUCAUUGUUCGUGUAAGGCUCAUGUAAUUGGUCGAAAUUGUGACAAAUGUGAAGAUGGGUAUUACCACAUUAUUAGUGGCGAGGGUUGCACAGCUUGUAAUUGUGACGCAGAAGGAUCUUACAAUCGUACAUGUGAUGCACUGACUGGUCAGUGUCACUGUCGACCUGGAAUUACUGGCUUAAGGUGUGAUGCAUGUAUUUCUUAUCAAUAUGGAUUUAGUCGAGAAGGUUGCAAGACUUGCGAUUGUGAUGUUAUUGGUUCACAAGAUCUUCAGUGCGACGCUGUUGGACAAUGUCCUUGUCUUCCAAAUGUUGAGGGACGUCGCUGCGAUCGCUGUAAAGAGAAUAAAUAUAAUCGUCAAUAUGGUUGCAUCGACUGCCCUCCUUGUUACAAUCUAGUUGAGAGUGCGGUCAAUUCCCACAGGAAACGUCUUGGUGAUUUAGAAGACACAUUAAAAAAAAUCAAUAGCAGUCCAACUGUUAUAAAAGAUUCUGAUUUUGAGAAGGAACUAAAAAAUGUUCAAGAAAGAAUAAAGAAGCUUGUUUCACUUGCGAAACAAGGGUCUGGAAAUGAGAAGAAAACAUUGGUUGAACAACUGGACGACAUCAGAGAUGAAUUGAAUGAAAUUGAAGAAAUUUCCCAAAAUGUUGAUCAAACUGCAAUGAAUGCACAGAAAAUUACCAUGCAGGGUCAAAUGAGCAUUGAUGAAGCCGAAAAAGUACUUGAUAAAAUUCACGAACAGUUGAAUGAAGAAGAGGAUUAUUUGAAUGUUGAUGGACAAACGGCCUUAAAGGAUGCUAGAAUACGAGCAGAACAAGUUGGCCAACAAAAUCAAGAAAUGACAAAUAUAGCAAAAGAAGCGCGAAGUUUGGCAGAUUUACAUGUAAAUGAAGCGAAGAAAAUACAUGAACUCGCAGAACUUGCUCGAAAUAAUUCAAUGGAAGCUUACAAUUUAGCCAAAAAAGCAAUAACAAUGAACUCAAAUAUUAGUGAUGAGAUAAAAAAUCUUGAUCAUCAACUCGGUGUUUUGGGAGACGGUUUUAAUGAAGUGUUAAACCUGACUGCAACAACACUCUUGAAAUCAAUUAACGUUUCUGACGAGGCACUCGGUUUAUUUAUUCAAGAUAUUACUAUUCCAAUUGUAAAUGUUAUUGAUUUACAAAAUCAUGUUGAUUCUAUUAAUAAUGAGGGUCAAAGACUUAAGGAAACGGCACAGUUACUAUUAGAAGACAAUGAAUAUAUUCUUAGAGAGAAGGCAGAGAAAAUAAAAGAUGGUGAAAAGUUGCUGGAAAGAGCUCAAGAACAGCAAAUCGUAACAGCAGAAUUAUUAUCUGAUGUCGAUGGGGCUAAUGCUAAAGCAGAAGAAGCUGUUAAUCGUGGCGCUCUAACUUUAAAAGAAGCUCAAGAAACUUUUCAAAAACUGAGUGAAUUUGACGCUGAAGUGCAACGAGUUCGUGUUAAAGCUGAUGAGGCUCUUAAAAAUAUUGAUAAUACUAAACAAUUGGUACACAAUGCAAUAAAUAAAGCAAAUGAGGCUCAAAAUGCACUAAAAGAUUCGGAGAAAAAUGCCAUGGGUGCUCGAAAUUUUGCAAAAAAUGCCCAAACAGACGCAGAAAAGGCCAGCGGAAAUGCAAAUAACAUUAGAAUCGAGGCCAAUAAAACAAAAAUGGAAGCCAUCAGAUUGGGAAGUGAAGCAGAAAAAUUACAUACUAGAGUUGAUAUUACUGAGUCACUGAUUAAACAAUAUGAAAAUCAAGUGGAAAGAGAUGUCAAUGCUACAAAUGAAGCAAACUAUAAAGUUGGUCAGGCUAAAACUAAUACCUCUCUUGCUUCUCAUCAAGUACAAAAAGCCCUUGAUGAUGUGACUGCAAUUGUUAAAGAAUUAGAAGCUUUGCCUGAAAUUAAUGAUGAGGAUUUGAAUCUCUUGGAGAAACGGUUACUUGCAGCUCAGGAAGAAAUAAAAGCUGCAAAUUUAGAUAAAAGAAUUCGAACUUUAACGGACGCAAAGAAUCUUCAGACUCAAUGGGUAAAAAAUUAUGAAGAUGAAGUAAAUCGUCUCAAAUUAGAAGUCGAAAAUAUAGACGACAUUAAAAAAGCUCUGCCUACAGAUUGCCACAAGCGUGUACGUUUAGAGCCUUGAGGGUUUCAUGCCAAAGACUUGAUUACAUAAAAAAAAAAUUUUAAUUUUUUUUUCUUAUAAUUUUCUAAUAAUCAAGUGAUUCGAUUCCACUUGAUUAAACAAUCAAAGUUAUUUUAUAAUUUUGUAUAACUUAAUUUUAUAAAAAAUAAUAAAUCUGUAUUAAUUACAAAAA